UUUCAGUCAUUCCAAAAUCUAUGUAAAGUGGAUUGCAUCGAAUCAGCAACAAAAUGGCAGCAACCAGCCAGGUUUCUAGCUUGUUGGACCUGAUAAUGAGUCUUCUGGACACAGCAACCACCUACCAACACCAAGAAAGUGUGAAAAAUGAAGUAGCAGAAUCAUUGAAAACAAUAGGAUCACAUCAACCAAAUGUUCUAUUAACUGCGUGUCAUCAAUAUUUAUUACAGAAUCCCAAGCUCGGUGCGUUCAAACGGGCGUUUGUUCUUCAAACAAUUUCAAUAUGCGUAGAUAAUUGUGAAGUAGUUUCGAAAUUAGAUGAACAAAUAAUAAUGUUGAUCAUAAAUCUUGCAACUCAAGAAAUGAACAUGACAAAAGAUACUGACGUUGAAUGGGCAGAAUCUUCGAUGGAAGUUCUUGUUACUCUGGCAAAGAAUACACGAUUUGUUAGCCACGUCAUCGAUGCAAUUCUACAGAAAUUUCCACCUGGACAAACGACAAGUCCUCAUCGAUAUAUAGUGUUAACUAUGGCUACGAUUGCAGUUCAUAAUCCAUUCGGUUUGGUUCCAUUUCUAACCGAUAUUCUUUCCCGAACAGUUCCUCUUCUACAACACGUGAAAACGGAUCCGUUAAGAUGUGCAUGGGCUCGAGCUAUUUGCUCAUUCUGUGAAGCAGUCAGAGAAUGUGAAACAGAAAGGCCAAAAGAAGCAUCAGAGGAAUAUAUUGGUGAUCAUUCACGUCCAAAUUCAGCAUCAGGGCAUUGUCAAGAAGUAUCGAAUAGAGCCACUUAUUCCGAUCAAACCGAAGCAGUUUAUGAUGUGAUUUUUAGUUGGAUUUAUAGCAAAGAUCCCAAGACACGUGGAGAAGCUGCAGAAUGUGUUGGUGAAUUGUGUCUAAUGAUAAAACAAACUCGCCUGGUUGAAGAUGUUAAGAAAAUUGUGACAAAUAUGAUACCUUUAUAUCGAAAAUCAUAUAACGAAUCGCACAUGAUCACUCAAGGAAUUUGUCGAUUUUUAGAAGCUGCAUGUGUCGAUGAAACAUGCCCAUUGGAACCAUAUCUUGAAGAUAUUCUUAAUGCACUUUUCCCAAAUGCUUGUCUCGAUCCAGAUGAUACUACAGUAACCCUUAGUACUCAAGCAAUCAAGAAUCAUUCCGAAGCUUUUCGAUGUUUUGAUGUUGCUGCUACUAGAUUUGCUGAUCGAAUUGUAUACUAUCUUCUACAUAAAAUGCAAAACGUUGCGGAUUCUCAAAAACUUGGUGCUAUAAACGUUUUGAGACAUCUUCUGAAUGCUACUGGGCAGCAUAUGGAAGAUAAGAGAUCUCUAUUGACAAUGGGAUUGAAGAAACUUCUUGCUGCUGAAAACACUACUAGUAUUCGAGUCAAACGAGCAAUAGUUCAACUUUGUGUCGCUCUUGCUGAUCAUUCAUACGUGGAUGCAGAAGGUGGAGACUAUGUAAUUGCAUUUCUUGUAAGAAAUCUUGUUGGACCAACUGAACAAGAAUCCGCAGCCAAGAAAGUUGAAGUUGAUGUUGCUGGGUUAAAUCAACUACGAACACAAUGUGCACAGGCUCUCUAUACAAUUGCAAAUACAUGUGUUUGUGCGACAAAACUUUUAUGGCCAUAUCUACUUGAAUUUAUAUGCUGUGAAAGGUAUACACCAGUUGUUGGAGAUUUGUGCAAGUGUUUGAGAACAUUAGUUAGUCGAGAAGUUGAAGCUGGACGCAAGAUGGACUAUGUUACAGGAUUUGAUAAUCCUAAAGUUGCUGGUCGUCAUGCAGUUUUUGCACGUCUUUUCACAUCUUUUUGCAAUGCUCCAUUAAAUGGGCUACUCACAAGACGAGCUAGAGAAGCUGGUGGUCUCAUUCAGGCAGUUGCACCAUGGUUCCACCCUUCGAUGGAAGGACCAGCAGCUAGAUGGAGUGAAAAGUUGGAACCUUUGCUGGAUGAAUUAUCUACAACUGUAUCAUCCGGUGAUUCUGCACCUGCUGAACUUCGUGGUCGAAAGAUUGCCAGAUGGCAUGAAGCAUGUCUUGAUUGGCUCUCAGCAUGUGUGGCAGUUGUCCCAGAAGGAGAUUGGAGACAAGAUUUGGCUGCUGCGAUGGGAAAACAAUUGGAUAUGUACAAGGAAUUGAGCGAUGAAAAAUCAUUUUUAUUAAGAUGUCUUGGAGUUACCCUUGCACGGAUCACCGCGAAACAAUUUGUAAUAGAUCAUAUGAUGCUCAUGUUCAAAUCAGCAUCUCAUUCCGUGUUGACUGAAAGACAAGGAUGUGCACGUGGAGUUGGAUCUAUAGCUACUUCACACAUGGAUUUGAUUCUUAUCGAGCUUGAAAAUGUUAGCAAAUGGGAGCAUGCAAGGAAAAGUAGCGGAAUAUUUGGUUUCAUCAAAGACACAAUGCCAAUUCGACAGUAUCCAGAUAUUGAAAUGAUUCAUCUUCGAGCAACUCUGAUGCUGUGUUAUGGACAUGUUGUGAUGGCUUGUAGUUUGGAUACAAUUACCCAGAGACUACAAAAUACAAUUAUUGUGUUCCUUCGAAAUUAUUUCGCCAAUUCGAAACAAGAGACUGUUGUACGAGAAGCUAUGUUGGAGACAAUGCGAUUGAUUGCUACUGCAGUACAUCCAUCAAGAAUCGGAGGAGAAUGGAAGUUUGAGGCAAGAAAUGAAUUGUUAGCGUAUGCAAAGGAUUAUUUGAAUGGGGAAACACCGGAAUGGUUGACGAGUUCGUUGAGAUUGUUAGCUUGUAAAACGACAGCGGCAUUAGUACAACUUGAACCUCCAUUGUCUCCAGCUGAUAUUGAAGAUAUUGGAACUGUUCUAACUAGACAAAUCCUUCCAAUGCAAAGAGAGAAAAGUGGCUUGAAAACUCUCGCUUUCGAUAUUUUCGACUAUGCUUCCUCUUCAGUAUUCUCAACAUUCAGUGGAUCAAGCAGUUCUCAUACAAAUAUUUACAUGACACCUCCAUUAACUGCCAACUCAGUUGCCGAGGGACCAAAUGGAACACCGAUACAUCAGAGACAUCGAGGAAUUGGUGGAAAGAUGGAAGAUGACGAAUCUGCUACAAUUAUGGACGCAACAAUGCAUCAAUAUGGUCUCGCAUUAGAACAAAUUGUUAGAAUGGCUCCAACCACUCAAACUAUUAUGAUCCUUCUCAAAAUCCUCCUCCCAUAUUAUGGAAAGCAAGCUGAUCAUGAAAGAAUUCGAGCAGUCGAUAUGACAGUCCUGGUUCUACGUGUUUAUUAUGAAUGUGCAGAGGACAUAUCAUUGGGGCAUGCUUCAGAUUUUGAGCCAUUGAGCUCACUUCUCGGACGUCUGGCUCCACGUCUUAUUGAUCUUCUUGCUCAUGUUCGACUUCAAGCCUUAUCAGCAAUUCAUUGGACACUACGACUUGCCUAUAUGCACAAAGGACAUGGAAGAGAUGCUGAUCAAAGUCUAUUUUCUUAUUCUGGAUUUGUUGAGAAAUAUUUGACAAGUGGAGAUGUAAAAUUAGAAGGACAGAAGGAAAAAUUGGCAAUUGAAGCAAUUGCUCAAAUUAUAGAAUAUCGACUUCCUCAGUCUCAAAUGCAAAUCUAUUUGUCAGCAAUAUUUGAAAUGCUGACAGAUCGACAAAGUCACGUGAGUUCUGCGGCAGCUCAACUUCUCACCUACGCAGUAAUGGCAAGAGGAGCAACACUCAACGCUGAAGCCGAGAUUCUUGUGACAAAAAUGGUUGAGAAACUGGCAGAUAUACAUCAUUGCGUACAAACUAACACUGAUGUCCUUGCUGCACUUGUUGCGUUCGCUGUACAUCAACAGCAAGCUGUAUGUGAUGUUCUUUUCAAGCAACCACUUCCAUAUUCGAUUAACAUCACGGACGCUUGGGAAUGUCUUUCUCGGGAUAAACUUCUAUUUGCUGUAAUCCUCGAUCAUCUCACUGAACUUCUUGGUGCAAGUCUUGAUCAACCCUUUGAACUGAUGGAUUCUGGUGGAGGUGUUUCUGCGAAGGUUGUCAACGUGGAACCAUGCACUUACGUCGCAGUUUUGGCUGAAGUCGUUAAAAACGGAGAACCAGAAUCGGCACUGAUGGAACGUCUUCCAUUAAUUCUCACUCUUCUCAUUCACUUUAUUUGUUCAGUCUCGGACACUCAAUUUCCAGUAAUGCAGAAAGAAGGUUCAAAGAAUCCACUGAUUAUUACACCCGAUCUUCGGAGAGCUGCUGAAAAGCCAGCAGGAAUGGCUGUUGCUGCUAUCAAGAACCUGCUGAACCGAACGAGAUCUAAUAUGGUAAUUGAGGAUAUGAAUCAAGCGAGAGCAUGGACUGACUGUCUUGACAAGGAUUCUUUUAUUCAAGCAAUCACUGUUUUUAUUCGAUCUCUAGUUGAACAACGUCCUGCGUGGGUUUCCCCACUUGCAAAGACGAUGGAAGAAUAUGCGAAUAGUGAAAGUGAACCACGUCGGCUUGCUGCAGUUAUCAUUGCAGCAUCGUUGAUACGUCGAAGUACUUCUGAAAAUGGAGAAUUCAAUGAACAACUUCUGGUCAAAUGUAUACGUCGUCUCGAAGAUUCUUUGACAGAUCCAAGCCUUCGAAUCCGUAAGCUGUGUGUGAAGGGUCUUGGAGAAUUAUCUGAAUGUUCUUCAACUGAUGUUAUAUCAAGAUUUGUGCAUAUGGCUGUAGAAGCAGCGAUGUCUGGAUUAGAUGAUCAUGGAGAUCGUAAGGAUACUGUAGCUAUUGAAUCCAUAAUGGCAUUGAAUAAGCUUGUCCAGUUAACUAACAAUGAUCAGUUAAAAUCAAUACUUCCACUUGUUCUACUCAAGAUUCGACCAUGUUUUGAGAAAGAUUCCCACACUCUGCGAGCAGCAUCAUUCAGUUUAUUUGGAGAGCUUGGAUCCAGAGUUGGUGAGAACAGUGAAGAAUUCAGAGGUCACCUACAUACAAAUAUUGUCUCACUUCUACUUCACUUGAAUGAUGAUUUCGAAGAAGUUCGACAGAACUGUGCUAACUCGAUAUAUCGGCUUCAUGGCCUGCUCACAUCCCCGAAUGCAUCAAUAUGUAUUGAACGUGAAUUGAAGGAUGGAAAACAACCGGCCAGCUAUAAUCUAUUCAUCAAGGAUUUCGCUUCAAUUUUGGCCAACUCAUUUCCUGAUCGGAUCAAUCAAUAUGCUCUCGCCACUUCCAAUUAUUUCAAAAGUUCAAGUGCCAGAAUACGGUGUAAUGCGGCACAUCUUACUGGAUGUCUUUUGGAUGGACUCACUGCUCCACUCAGAGCUACAAUCAGUCGAGAGCUUGUAUUCACUGGACUCGUGGCUCUUCUAAAAGAUUCUGAGGAUGUUAAUGUUAGGAUUUCAGCAACUCGAGCUAUUGCAAAUUUACACGAUUUUCAUUAAUUGUUGUUUUUUCUUUAAUUGUUCCCUUGAAGUUUUUUUUUGUAAAUAGGUGCCUAUUCCCCCUUCCCUUAUCACUUAUCUGUGAUUGUGGUGCUUUUCAUCCCUGCUUUUGAUUGGGUAUUUUUUGUUGUUUUAUUUUGACAUCGAACACAUUUUCCCCCGGUUAAGAUAUAUUUUCUCUAGUCCCUUUAUAAGUGCCCUGAAACUUUUGAUUCUAAAUCUUUGCUGAGUUUCAAAUCCACAAUUCCAGAGGCCAAACGUUUAUUUUCGGGACCAUGUCCUUUCCUUUCCAUCUAUAAGGGUUUGCAUCACUUUUCUUGAUUUUUUGUUACUUUUUCUUGCAUUUUGUAUCAAUUUGAUGUUUCCUUUUAAUGG